GACUCUUCUUCUCACUUUAGCCCAUUUCUCUCUCCCUUUCUGUUUUCCUUCUUCAUACAUAUAUGGCCAAAGGUAGUGGACUCUCUUUUGAUCCAGAUCCCAUCAAACACUUCCUUCCUAUUCCUACUGUCCUCAAUUCUUUUCUUGAACCCCACCACCACCAACAACAAGAAUUUCCACAUAACAAGUUUUUAUUCAAGAUUGAACCUUUGUCAUCCUCAAUGGAGUCAUCAACAUUCAAGAAUAGGUCACCACCUUCUACUAUUCAGUUCCCAGUGAACCUUAACUGCUCUACUACUGCUAUUCAUCAUGAUCACCAAGAAGAAGAAGAAGAACAUAAUAACAGACCAGUUAUUGAUGAAAUGGACUUCUUUGCUGAUAAAAAAAAUGGUAAUAAUUCUGAGGAGGCUGAUGUUACAACAACAACCAAUAAUACUAUCAAUCACUCUGAUAGAAAAGAUUCCAACACCCCUCCUCCUGAAUUGGAUUUUAACAUUAAUACUGGUUUGCAUCUUCUCACGGCCAAUACUUACAGUGAUCAGUCCAUAGUGGAUGAUGGUUUAUCCCCUAAUUCUGAAGAUAAAAGAACCAAGAGUGAGUUAGCAGUUCUUCGGGCUGAAUUGGAAAGGAUGAACGGUGAAAAUCGACGUUUAAGGGACAUGUUAAAUCAGGUGACAAGCAAUUACAGUACCCUGCAGAUGCAUAUGAUGACAAUGAUGCAACAACAACAGCAACAAAAUCAAGAAAAUGGUCAACGUGAUGGGAAAAGUACUCGCGAAGAAGUGAAACAGCAACACCAUAGCCAUAAUAGUCAUGGGGGAGGAGGAGGACAAAUGGUGCCUAGGCAAUUUAUGGAUCUUGGCUUAGCUGCUGCUGGUGCUACUGGUUCUGAGGCUGAAGAGGCUUCCCAGUCUUCGUCAGAGGGACGAAGUGGCAGGGAAAAAUCGCGAUCACCAAUGAAUAACAUGGAAUCACGUUCCACAUGUGGAAUUGGAAGAGAAGAUAGUCCUGAAAAAGGGUCACCUGGUUGGGGUCCUAAUAAAAUUCCAAGACUUGGCAAUGCCUCUACUAAUAAACCUGCUGAUCAAGCUACCGAAGCUACCAUGAGAAAGGCUCGAGUCUCGGUCAGGGCUCGAUCAGAGGCUCCCAUGAUCACAGAUGGUUGCCAAUGGCGAAAGUACGGACAGAAAAUGGCGAAGGGAAAUCCGUGUCCUCGGGCUUAUUACCGGUGCACCAUGGCAGCUGGUUGUCCAGUUCGGAAGCAAGUUCAAAGAUGUGCAGAGGAUAGAACAAUCUUGAUCACAACCUAUGAAGGGACACACAACCAUCCGUUGCCUCCGGCAGCGAUGGCAAUGGCCUCCACAACUUCCUCAGCAGCACGAAUGUUGCUGUCGGGUUCUAUGCCAAGUGCAGAUGGGCUAAUGAAUUCCAAUUUCUUCGCGAGAACUCUCCUCCCUUGCUCUUCCAGCAUGGCCACAAUUUCAGCCUCGGCCCCGUUCCCUACUGUUACAUUGGACCUAACUCAAUCCCCAAACCCGUUGCAAUUCCCAAGACCCCCUAACCAAUUCCAAGUCCCAUUUUCCAAUCCACCUCACAGUAACAUCCUAGCAAAUCCAGCUGCACUUUUGCCUCAGAUAUUUGGCCAGGCUUUGUAUAACCAAUCCAAAUUCUCUGGCCUCCAAUUGUCCCAAGAUUUGGAGGGACAACAACAUCCUUCAACGAUGUCAUCAUCGAUUCAUCCAUCCAACCACAACCCUCUGGCUGACACGGUGAACGCCCUCACCAAUGAUCCUAAUUUCACCGCAGCAUUAGCAGCAGCCAUCACUUCACUUAUUGGAAAUCCCGGGCAAUCAAAUAAUGGUACAAAUAAUACCCCUGCCACCACAACGACCGCGAACAACAAUAAUGGCAGUGUUACAAGCAAUGGCAAUAACAGCAACAAUGGCAAUAAUAAAGUGGCUAAUUCAGGUUUUCCAGCAAAUUGAUUGGUAGCUAGCCAAUUAUGCUGCCGCAUGUUUCCUUUCAAGAAAGAAUUUUUUUCUUACAUUAAUUUUUUUGCUUAGUUAGUAAUCAGGAAAGCUAGAUUACUAUACAAGUUGAUAAGAUUUUUUUUUGUGUUUUAUAGAUGGCUUAAAAAAACAUAUAUCUUCCAUUCUUUUUGUGGCUUAAUAAUGUAAUUCAUGAUUUCUUAUCAAUACAAGAAAAAAAUGUUGUGUUCCUUCUA